UCGAACCCGGAGGAGAAUGAGGGACCCACGGUGUUGGCAGCAACAAUAACAGUCACCUGCGUGGCAUUGAUUGUCGUAGCAGCUCGCCUUUGGGUACGCCUUGGCAUGAUUCAUAGCUUUGGAUUCGAUGUAAGUUUGCACAACCUGGGCGGGUUCAUGACAUCCGCAAUGGCUAUCGCAGUUGCAGGUCAAGGUGUCCUGAUUGUGCAGGUUCUUCACGGAGUUGGCCGCCAUGUAGGAGACAAAGAAUUCGUGAACGACUACCCGAUAGCGAUGAAGAUGGCUUUCUCUUCUCAACCCCUAUUCCUUGCCGCCAUCUGUUUGGUCAAGCUAGCCACUAUCAUCUUUCAAUGCACCGAUGUAAGAGCAUUCUGGGACUUUAACGUCAAAGCAACCUACUGGGAUGUCGAUACCAUCAAGGGCCUAUCCUACGCGAACUCCUCGAUGAACAUACUCACCGGCCUUCUGUUUGGAAUAGCUAUUCCCGCACCUAUGCUCUGGAGCCUCAACGUCCCGCGAAGAGUUCGAAUAUCCCUUAUGAUGGUGCUCGGUCUGGGCGUGUUUGCAUGUGCAGCAGCUUGCGCCAAAGUCUAUUACAUCGUCACGAGCUAUGGAAGGGCAUUCGAUCCAACCUGGAAUUCACGAGAUAUCCAGAUGUGGACCGUAAUCGAAGCCAAUGUUGGAAUCAUAGCUGGAAGUCUGCCAACUCUACGACCUCUAUUCAAGGACUUCCUGGGCAGCAUCUACGGGAAGGGAUCAAAGGCGUCAACAGGAGGAGCAUACUAUGGCCGUGGCACGCUGCGCAGUGGAAGCAAUUGGCAGACCCUGUCAAAC